CUAGUCGAGCCGGGGGGAACCGCGGAGCCUGAAGCGCCGGCGCCAGCGCCAGGAUGUCGGUCCCGGACCCGGAUUACAUCUACCUCCUGCCCGCCUACAUCAUGCACGACUUCUGCGCCGUCAUGGACUCGCUCGACUGCGCCGACUGGGGGCGAUUCGCCUCGUCGGUGGUGAGCGACAUGACGGACCUCCGGCUGCUGGCAAAUCGCGGGGACCUGGGGCGGACAGAGAACGUCAUGUGGUACUGGAUUAACCGCAACGGCACGGUGGGUCAACUGGUCGACCUCUUGGCCAACCUGAACCUGUGGAGACCUCGGGAGAUCAUCUUGCAAUGUGAGUCUCAGUUUCAGAUCGCCUUACUGUCACGUGUGCCGAGUUUAGAUUCCUAG